ACGUAUAUGUAUCUACAUAUCUAUAGAUCCAUAUAUAAUACAUAAUGGAAAGGCACUUAACCUAUGCUAUUCCUUUAAUCUUCAGAACAGUCCUAUGUGGUAGAUAGUAUUAUCCCUACUUAAUGAACGAGGAAGCUACGUUCAGCCUAACUCCAGAGCCUAAGCUCGUAAUUGCUGUGCCGUAGUACCUUGAGUGAGCAUAUUCUUUCACAAGGAAAAAAGCAGUAAGGGCCAGAGAUAAACACCUAAAGAAUACCUGCAUGUUCAGAAGAGGGAAGAGGAUAGGAAUGAAGCGGUUUGAGAGGUUACACAUGAUGAGGUUGGCUCAGGCCAUAAGGUUGGAGGUGGUAAUAGCCUCAAGGACCAGGAGAGCAGCACUGUCCAGACCCACCGAGUGGUCAGUGAGGCCUGGAUGUCCUGACUAUUCAACGCGUCUGUCCUUGAGGGAAGUGCUUCAGUGAAGUGCAUAUGGAGGAGUUCGGACUGCAGAGAGACCUUGAGCGGGGAGCUCGUGGUGAAGAAGCAGAGGGGUUUUGUGAGUACACAUCCACAGACAUACACACCUUUCUCUGCUAUGUCCAGGUGCAAGUAAGAAUCCGCCAAGCCGAUCCAGCCAUGGCGACUCCGUCUGCUGCCUUUGAGGCCCUUAUGAAUGGAGUGACAAGCUGGGAUGUCCCUGAAGAUGCCAUCCCAUGUGAACUGCUUCUAAUUGGAGAGGCCUCCUUCCCGGUGAUGGUGAAUGACAUGGGCCAGGUCCUCAUUGCUGCCUCUUCCUAUGGCCGAGGCCGCCUGGUGGUGGUGUCCCACGAGGACUACUUGGUGGAGGCCCAGCUCACUCCUUUUCUCCUCAAUGCAGUGGGUUGGCUUUGCUCUUCCCCUGGGGCUCCUGUUGGUGUACACCCAUCCCUGGCACCUCUGGCCAAAAUCCUUGAGGGCUCUGGUGUAGAGGCAAAGGUUGAACCAGAAGUGAAAGACUCCCUGGGGGUUUACUGUAUUGAUGCCUACAACGAAACCAUGACUGAAAAGUUGGUCAAGUUCAUGAAACGUGGAGGGGGCUUGCUAAUCGGAGGCCAAGCCUGGGAUUGGGCCAACCAGGGCGACGACGAAAGGGUUCUGUUCACGUUCCCUGGGAACCUUGUGACCAGCGUGGCCGGCGUGUACUUCACCGACAAUAAAGGGGACACGAGUUUCUUUAAAGUCUCUAAGAAGAUGCCCAAGAUCCCAGUCCUAGUUAGUUGUGAAGACGAUCUCUCCGAGGACAGAGAUGAACUCCUGCACGGGAUUUCUGAGCUGGACAUCAGCAACUCAGACUGUUUCCCGUCCCAGCUGCUAGUGCACGGGGCUUUAGCCUUUCCCCUGGGGCUAGAUUCCUACCAUGGCUGUGUCAUAGCGGCUGCCCGCUACGGCCGGGGCCGGGUGGUCGUGACUGGCCACAAGGUCCUUUUCACCGUUGGUAAACUGGGCCCCUUUCUGCUCAAUGCUGUGCGCUGGCUGGACGCGGGCCGCAGAGGCAAGGUCGUGGUGCAGACAGAACUGAGGACUCUGAGUGGGCUGCUUGCAGUGGGGGGCAUAGACAGCAGCAUUGAGCCCAAUCUGACCAGCGAUGCCAGUGUCUAUUGCUUUGAGCCCGUGAGUGAUGUGGGAGUCAAGGAGCUGCAGGAGUUUGUAGCAGAGGGCGGGGGCCUAUUUGUUGGAGCCCAAGCCUGGUGGUGGGCCUUCAAGAACCCAGGAGUGUCCCCUUUGGCUCGGUUCCCAGGAAACCUCCUCCUCAACCCCUUUGGCAUUAGCAUCACCAGCCAAAGCCUCAACCCUGGGCCCUUUCGUACUCCUAAGGCAGGGAUAAGGACCUAUCAUUUCCGUUCCACUCUGGCCGAGUUCCAGGUUAUAAUGGGCAGGAAGAGAGGGAACGUGGAAAAGGGCUGGUUGGCAAAGCUGGGACCGGAUGGUGCAGCUUUCCUGCAGAUCCCCGCAGAAGAGAUCCCUGCCUACAUGUCGGUGCAUCGGCUCCUAAGGAAGCUGCUAAGUCGCUAUCGGCUCCCAGUAGCGACCCGAGAGAACCCUGUCAUCAACGACUGCUGCAGGGGUGCUAUGCUCUCCCUGGCCACUGGGCUGGCCCACUCUGGAAGUGACCUCUCUCUGUUAGUCCCAGAAAUUGAGGAUAUGUACAGCAGCCCCUACCUGCGCCCCUCGGAAUCUCCUAUCGCUGUUGAGGUCAACUGCAACAAUCCAGGCACCAGGUAUUGCUGGAUGAGCACCGGGCUCUACAUACCCGGGCGGCAAAUUAUAGAGGUCUCGCUGCCUGAAGCCGCUGCCUCUGCUGACCUGAAGGUACAGAUUGGCUGCCACACCGAUGACCUGACCAGGGCCAGCAAGCUGUUCCGAGGCCCCCUUGUGAUUAACCGCUGCUGCCUGGACAAGCCCACAAAGUCAAUAACCUGCCUCUGGGGGGGCCUCCUGUACAUCAUUGUGCCUCAGGGCAGCAAGCUGGGCUCCGUGCCUGUCACGGUUAAGGGGGCUGUGCAUGCUCCCUACUACAGGCUAGGGGAGACAUCCCAGGAGGAAUGGAAGAGGCGUAUCCAGGAGAAUCCAGGUCCCUGGGGAGAGCUGGCUACAGACAACAUCAUCUUGACGGUGCCAACCGCAAACCUUCGCACUCUGGAGAACCCUGAGCCGCUGCUACGCCUCUGGGACGAGGUGAUGCAGGCCGUGGCCCGGCUAGGUGCUGAGCCUUUCCCCCUUCGUCUGCCUCAGAGGAUCGUUGCCGACGUGCAGAUCUCAGUCGGCUGGAUGCACGCAGGCUACCCCAUCAUGUGUCACCUGGAGUCGGUGCAGGAGCUCAUCAGUGAAAAACUCAUCAGAACCAAGGGGCUGUGGGGCCCUGUGCACGAGCUGGGCCGCAACCAGCAGCGGCAGGAGUGGGAGUUCCCCCCGCACACCACCGAGGCCACCUGCAACCUGUGGUGUGUCUAUGUGCACGAGACGGUCCUGGGCAUCCCUCGAGGACGAGCCAAUAUCGCUCUGUGGCCCCCAGUUCGGGAGAAAAGAGUCAGAAUCUACCUGGGCAAGGGUCCCAAUGUGAAAAACUGGAAUGCGUGGACGGCCCUGGAAACGUACUUACAGCUCCAGGAGGCCUUUGGGUGGGAGCCGUUCAUCCGUCUCUUCACUGAGUAUAGGAACCAGACCAACUUGCCCACAGACAAUGUCGACAAAAUGAAUCUGUGGGUGAAGAUGUUCUCCCACCAAGUGCAGAAGAACCUGGCUCCGUUCUUUGAGGCCUGGGCCUGGCCGAUCCAGAAGGAAGUGGCAACCAGCCUGGCCUAUCUGCCUGAGUGGAAGGAAAAUAUUAUGAAAUUGUACCUCCUCACACAGAUGCCCCACUGAAACCGAAGUCAAGAAAUGUAAAAGAGAAUUGACACAUCUCAGCAAAGAAAACUGAAGGAAUUUGGUUAUAAGUGAAGAAGAUCUCAACACAUUUCUGGAAGAGAGAAAGUGGAAGAAGUGAUAAUGAAAGAGUGCAGCUCCUUUCAGACGGAAUAUAAGCUGAUCUGAACAUGUAACCCCAAAGAGAUUUGGGCACCUGAAAAGUCUGUCUACUGAAGAAUUAUGUGUCAGUUGUGAAAUUGAACCCCAUCUCAUUCUACCCCAACCUUUGCACAGAAUACAGGCAACCUACCACUGGUUUCUGUUAAGUCUGUUGUUGUUGUUGUUUAUUGUUGUUGUUUGUGUAAAGGAAUCGAAUAAACUGCUUCAGGAAAGGUAGGAGUUGGUGCUCCAAAAUAAAUUUCUCUUUUGGGGAAAAAAGUGAGCCCCUAGCAGUUAGUUCUCUACAGAUGGCUGAGAUCCCUACUCAAGUAACCAAGUGCUUUUAGUCACAGAAAGGUUUACUGGAGAAGCAGACAGACCACACAAUGGCAGAGGGAACCCACAGCAACUCCUAUAAAAACAGUUAUACUGAUUCUUCAAUGCAAAUGGUCAGCUGGGAAUUCCCAGACAUUGAGCCUUAGGGGUAGGGGUUGGGGGAGGGACCAGGGGAGCAGCAUGUGAGAAAAAUAAACAAUCAGGAAAUUUGAAAAAUAUAACAGACUCUAGGGGCAACAGUUAACAUGGAAGAAAAUGACUUAAAUAUCUUCAGAGACAUCUAAGGUGCAUUUGUAAGAUAAAAACAGGAUGCUACAAAGAAGGGGAAAACCCUGAAAAUAAGAGGAGCCCUUAAAUUGAAAUAGGACUGCCAAAAAUAUUUAGUAGACAGGCUGUAAAAUAAGGUUGAGGGAAUCUCCCUAGAUAUAGAGCAAAAAGAAAUAGAAAAUAUAAAGAGAGGAAAGAGACACAGACAAUAUCUAACUGUUACGAGUUUCUGGAAGAGAGAACACAGGAAAUGUUGUGAAGAAAAAAAAAUUGAACAGAAAUAAGUCUCCAAAUUGAGAGGACCCUAUACAACCUACAUCUAGACAUAAUCUUGUGAAAUUCUGGAUAUAUAUUAAGGAUAGAGCGAAGAUACUGAAAGUGCCAAGAGAAAAAAAUAAAAUUAGGUCAUCAUAAUUAGCUCAACUAAAAAGGGAUGAGAAAUAGACUGGGAGCCGAUUUUUCAUCAUCAACACAAUGCUAGAAGCCAAUAGAGAAGUGUCUUCACACGUGGAAAAUCUUUGUACCCAGAAUUCCAUAGCAAGCCAAACUGUCAAGAGUCAAGUCGAAAGGAAUUUUCCAACAUGCGAGUUUUCAGAAAGUCUACCCUCUUAGCACCUGGAAAGGAAGUUCUCUCUCACCUACUGAGGAAGUUCUCCAGCAAAAUGAGAAUGAAAAUUGGGAAAGAGAAAGAAAUGGAAUCCAGAAAACAGUGCACCUCACCAAGGAUGGCUGACUCCAGAGUGACCAUUAUCCAAUAGGAUAGCUCACUCCAGAGUGACAGUUAUCCAACAGGAAGGCUCACUCCAGAGUGACAGUUAUCCAACAGGAAGGCUCACUUCAGAGUGACAGUUAUCCAAUAGGAUGGCUCACUCCAGAGUGACCAUUAUCCAACAGGACGGCUGACUUCAGAGUGACAGUUAUCCAAUAGGAUGGCUCACUCUAGAGUGACAGUUAUCCAAGAGACCCAUUUCAGAUGAGAGUACACAGUUUUCAGGCUCUCUGGGGAGAACAUGCAUUCUGUGCCAUAGAUAUUAUCCUUGAGAAGCUGGAAUGUUUGAGAAUAUGGAGGAGAUACAUUCUUUAGUAAACAAGAGAACAAAACAAAAAUGUCAAAUUCAGGUUCAAUUAUGAGACAAUAAUAAAAAAAAAUCAUGGAAUGUAAGAAGAGACUCAUUUUGACAUUGGCAGUAGGUACAUUUCAUUUCAAGUGACACAGGAAACAUGACAUUGGAUAUGUUUGGAAGAAAAUAUCCUAGCUUCUACUUAGCUCCCAGUAAACAGUAUUUACAAAGCCAAAAUAAUGUAGAUACUAUUUAUUGGUAUUCAGUGUUCUGAUCAGCCUAUAGGUAAAACACGAAAGGCUUGAUCUUUUAUUCAGAAAUAAAAGGGGAAGUAAUCCUGAAAAGGAAAAAGAAAGCAGAAAGAGGUUGAGAAUUAGUUGGGGGAAGAGAGGUGGAGGGAAGAGUAGAAUUACCUAUUCAAAAUGGGGAUGAAAAGAUAAAGUCUACAGUUAAUGGGACAAGGACUAAAGGAUUGUUACUGUUCAAAACUAUAAACCAAUAGAAGUAUUAAAAAUGACAUCUGUCAAAAAUUUGGAAAAGGAUAGGCAAAUGAAAGGUGGGAAUAGUGUAAGUUAAAUCCUUAUCUUUUGUAAUGGGGGAUUAUUAAAGAUUGUCUAAAGUUAAUAAGUCAAGAAAUUAUUGUUCAAACAUUAUUUAAUGUUAGGAAGUUAGUUAACAGAAUAUCUAAAAAUAGAAAUUGUUAAAUGCAUUGCCUCUAGGGUAUGGGACUAGGGUUAAAAGGGUGGGGUGGGAAACUGUGUUUUUCAUUUUAAGUCCUUCUGUACUAUUUAAUUU